AUGGUCCGUCGGCGCACCGCUUCCCCAGCCCCAUCGGCUCCAGUCCGUUCGGCUCCACGACCAGCCGCCCCGGCUCAAUCCUCGUUCUCGGCGCCACCAAGACCAGCCGCUGCUGCCGCCCCAGUUCCAGCUGCUCAUCCACCAAUGGGAGCACCAAUGGGAGCUCCAAUGGGUGCCGCUCCAUCUCAAGGACCAGGAUUGAUGGCUCAGAUGGCCGCCACUGCUGGAGGAGUCGCUAUUGGAUCCGCUGUGGGCCACGCCGUCGGAGGAAUGUUCACCGGAAGCGGCUCGAGCUUUCACGCCGCCGAGCAAGCUCCAGCUGCCGCUGCACCAGCGGCCGCUCCACAAGCGUCCACCUACGCUCAACCAUGCGAAUUCGAGUGGCGCCAGUUCGUCGAUUGCGCUCAAAACCAGUCGGACGUCUCGCUGUGCAACGGAUUCAACGACAUUUUCAAGCAGUGCAAGGCCAGAUAUAACUGA